AUGUCACGUGUGCGUUCGUCCUCUGCUUCCCCGACGGCCUCUCACGAGCUGGCCAAGGAUGCAGCCAAGAUGGAGGCGCGGCUCAGCCUCCUCAGGUGCACCAAUGACACGAACGAAGAUCACGCAUCCUUGUGUGUGUGACGCUGUGUGGUGUGUCCCCAGGGAGAUCAUGGAACAGGAGAAGAAGAAGAAAGACAUGUACGUACGUACGUGCGUAGCUAGAGGAAUGGCUCCCAUGUGGCGCACAUGCGGCCCUUUCUGUCUGUCAUUUCUUCCUUAAUUCGUCAGUUUGCGGGGUGGGAAGGACUCUCUCUGGCAGAGCGCCUCUGACAAGGUAGGUGAUGCAUGAGCCAUCCAUUCUCACACGUAGGGAGUCGUUCCCUCCUUUGUAUGGCUCCCCUGUGUCCCCAUCAGAAGCCCCUGACGAAGGGCUACAUCGAGACAGUCAUGAAAAGCGGCCCCGACACACAGCAGCCCAAGCAGCAGAGACAGCCCACCGACCGAAGCUCAUCGGCAGGCAAAACUCGCACCGACAGGUCUCUUCCACCUGGCCCCGUGUUCAAUCCCCCUCCUGCUGCUGCUGCUGCCAAAAACGAGACGACUUUGCAGAAAGACUCAUCGGCAGCAUUGAGAGGGAGGUCUAGAGGGCGUGUGGUGAGCCCUUCGAGGGGAGGAGGAGGAGGGCUCGGCAAUGUCAGAGCUCCACCAAAGCGGCCAACGGGUCUGGAGAGGGUGCUGCAGAAUGGUAGUGCGAGGAGCAAGACAGGAUUCCACAGGCAUAGUCCGUCAGCAAGUGUGCACGUCUGGCCUGCAGGUACGAAAGGCUCCCCGCUUGACAGUCUUCUCGAGUCCACAGUGGCCAAUCCCCCCCGCCCCGCCCGCCCAACACGCAGUCGUGGCGGCCACAGACCACGCAAUGCCACAGCGGCAUCCAAAAGCGAUGACAAUAUCAAUAUAAGUACGAGGGGGUCUGCACGGGCAAGAUCCACCACUCAAGACAAAAGGGGGUGGGACGUGACUGGGGCGAGCGGAACGACGUCAACAACGCCCAUGCGGACCACCCAGAAAUCGACUGCGUCCAGCCAGUCGGGCGCUACGGCCAUGGACGCAGAUUCGCGUGAGGUUGAGACAUUCCUGUUGAAGUGUGGGCUAUCUCGGUAUCUGACGGCGUUUUUGGAUAACGGUUUUGACUGCAUGGAGGUGCUGGAGGAGAUGACGGAGGAACACAUGAAGGCCAUCGGCAUCGCACUCGGACACAGAAUCAAGGUAGGUAGGUAUGUGCAGAGAAUAUGACCCCACGUGGGUCUCUUGCGCUUUUUCUGACCCUGUCUGUCAGCUGCGCAAGUAUCUUCGCCAGGUGUCGAGAGCCCCUCCCGUCCCCUGCAGCCCACCACUCCCACCAAGAGCCCCCCCAUCACCCCCCGAACACAAGCGCAAAGCGACAGAAGAGGCCGCCAAUUGUCAUGCUGCGGCUGAUGUGGGUGGGCAGUGUGGCGGUGCUCUGCUCGAGGGAGCUGUUGACGAGGAGGCAAAUGCACGGGACUUUCAAAGGGCCGUCGAGGUGUGCACACAGGCUUGCCGAAUGGCAACAGAAUGGUGGGGAACGAGAUUCUGGGUGCGUGUAGGAGUGGCGAAGCGGUAAAGCGGCACCGCCAUCGGGUGAGCACUUGGGGUCUACAGACGCACCAUUGUUGCCCGGGGCGACCAAUGGCACCACCACCAGCCCCUCGGCAUUUUGGGCUGCUACUGGCAACCAGCAGUGAGGAGUACAGUGCACACUCCAGCCACCCUGAUUGAUGUAUUCAUUUCUGUCUUCAACACACAGCUGGGUGACGACUGCGGCCAACAGUGCAGCGUCAGCAUCUGGUGGCAAGCGGCCCCUCACACCAGCUGCGGAGGAGACACCAUCAAUGAGUAAAGGACACACACGAAACAUUCACUCGUACCUGCCCAUUGUAAUGGCAUCAUCAGGCUCUGCCUCAGAGUGCCGAGGGCCCACCGAGACGCCGACCAAAAGUAGCGCACAAUCGCAAGAAAAGGUGUGGUGGAUGGAUGGAUGGAUGAGUGGAUGGACACAAGACGGCGAGUCAACCUUUCCUUCCCCACCCUCUCCUCGUAGGUCUCUUGCUACACGUGUUUUAAGCAGUUCUAUGUCGAACGGGGAGACAUGGAGGAGGACGCCACAGGUCAAGCCACCAGAUAGAAACAUCGACACACAUGGGUACAUGCAUGUCUCAUUCACCCAUCUCUUCUCCUCCCUCCCAGACAAACAUUUCUGUGCUCCCGAUUGUGAGGCCCUUUACCACGAAGGGCAGCUCGUAAGCUGUGUGGACUGUCACUGUGGAGGUGGAGGAGGGGCUGUUGGCUGUCUGUCGUGUGCCGCAUGAAUGUCAUGUGUGCAGGCUGCACGGAAGCGGUCUCUGAGCAUGGAGAGGACAGCCCGGCAGCUCCAGCAGAGGCUGCAGGUCGGCGAUACAGUCCAUGCAUUGCAAUGAAACCUCUUCCCCACUCAUCCACCCUUCUGUGAAUGCCUGCAGGACCUUCAAAUCGAUGAGCAGCAGGACCUCCGGGGCGACUCCGAACUCUCGGCCUCCCUGAUGUGGGACAUAUCGGCCUCUCUCCAGCAUGCCGACAGCCUUACAUACAGCCAAAGCGUGGUGCCCUUCAGCAUGGCCAUUCCCCAUGGCAAAGCAGAAGCAGAGGAGGAGCCGGCGCACGUGUGUGAAGACGGUGAAGAGGGCGAUGCGGGCAAGCAUCAUGAUGAGCAGGAAGAGGUAAAUGGGGAGUCCUCAUGUGAGAGUGAAGGUGUAAUGGAGGCUGCUGCGGGAGCGGCUGCUGCCGUGAUUGCAGAGGCUAUCGAUAGAGGCGAUGACUGACUUCCAAUGUGGUGUGCAUGUUCGGAGUUGACUUGUGAGGUCGUGGUGGUCCAGUUGCGUGCUGUGUUGCUCAUAAGCCCAUCUGCUCCCCUGAUACUUGGAGAGAUCUAGUGCGCCAUGGACACCCCAACGGCUGCCGUCUUUUCCAACGGCCGAGUUCUGUCUCACUGUGCGGAAAGCUUUUGACAAACACCGUUCCGGCGUGAGCACCCGUAAUCGAUGAGUGAUUGCCGUGCCAGUGACCCCCCAGCCAGUAUCCCCCCGACGUCCUCGGCAGCAGCUCCCCCUCGUCAGACUCACUCCCAUCCUCAUCCGCGUACACCGUCGACACAAACAUCGACACCGACGCAUCAUCCAACAGCAGCAAUAGAAGGCACAGCCGCAAGUCGAGGGCCGCCCUGCUGCCCCGGUUGCCCUCUCUGGGCUGGUUCGGGAGGUGGCGAUAUGGAGGGUUGGUGUGUGUUGGUGGGGGUGAGUUCUACCGGAGGCUGGAGACGCUGUAUGGACGUGACUUUUUGAGGCUGUUAUGGAGCAUUCAGCUGUUCGUAAAAGGCACCAUAUGGCAGUACUUGAAGCUGGUGCCACUGUCCUACUUUCGGUCGGUGAGGCUCUCUCUCUCUCUUCUUGCGCCGCCUGGAGAAAAGUCCCAACGGAUGUGUGUGCUUGUGUGUUUGUGUUUGUGUUUGCGUGUGUGUGGUGCAUGGGAUGGAUGGCAUGCAGUGCGUUGGGGUUGGAUGGUGUGUCUUACCAGACGAGCAUGACCAUUGCCCUCACACCAUGGGCCAUGAAAGGUCAUACAUACAGAUGGUCGGUCGACACGUGACAGCCUCGCUGCUCCUGUCGAUUGAUGUGUGGUAUCUAUCUCCCAGGCUUGUUCGGAGUCGUGACGGACACUCAACCCAUCGGCGGGUACCACGCCAAGUGGUACAUGUUCAUCGCUAAUGUCGUCGGCGUCAUCGGGCUGCUCGGACUUGCUACACUCCCACACAGCAGUCGGUGUCCACUCCGCACUGCUCACAAGGGCAAACAAAGCAGAUAAUGACCAGAUUGCCCUCCUGUUCCUGAUUUGAUGGAUGUUGGUGGCUGCAGUCGCGAGGCGUCAGGUGUGGUCGGUUGGCGGGUUUCUCUUCCUGGGCCAGCUGCAGCCGGCCAUACAGGACAUGCUGUGUGACGGCAAGUACACCGAGAUGAUGGCCAUGCGCCAGGGGGCGGGGUAUGCGCACACACACACAUAUACACACACACACGCACACAGCUGACUGACAAGUAAGUGUGCUUUGUGUGUCAGAGGCGAGAUCGUCACGUUUGUGUGGUUCCUGAGUGUGUGUGGGGACGUGAUUGCGAGUGCGACUGUUGGGCCGAUAUCAGACUACGUUGGUCAGUCAGGCGGGCAGGGACACCACACGGCACGGCAGUGCACAUCCACCGCCAACCAACCAAUGCCCUCUCUGUGUGUGCAGGUGCUGACCUUGUGUUUUGGAUCUGUCUGCCCUUGUCGCUUCAGUCGGAUCUACCCCAUCCUGAAGGGAUGGCUGCCGGAGGAGAGAAUACCGCCCCCAAAUGGCAACAAACUGCAAGUGAGCCCCCGAUGCAUCCAGCGGGGGAGCGUGUCUGUCUGCCCCUGUUCGUCCGUCAGGUGGAUAA